UUAAGAACAAGUUACGUGUAAAACGAUUGCUGAACUUCAAUAUAACAAUACUAUAUUGUCUAAUAAGAAAAAUUUGCGUCGUUUCAAUAUCAAAGCGAUUGCAACAUUUUCCAAUUGAACUCAAGUGAUUGUGAAAUAUUCCAUAAUUAAUCUCUACCUCAAUAAUUCAAUAAAUGUGUGAAAGAAAAAACACAGAGAAUUUCUUUUUUCAAAAAAAAAAUAAAAAAUUAAUUGUGUAAAAAAAAGAAAUAACACGUCUGUCUUAUCAAUAAUAUUACGAAAAUCAUAUAAAAUUGUAGUUUUCUCGAAAAGUUAUAAAUCUUCAAUUCCACCAAAGAGAGUGAAACAAAAAGCCAGCGAGACAAGAAAAGUUGUGCGUUGCCUUCAAAACUCAUUUGUAAUUGAGUAUGUUAAAAAACACAAACAGAGGCUGCGAAUACGUAAAGUGAACAAGUACGAAAAACGAUAUACAACACACAAAAAAACGUACACACGCAGAGAAGGGAAUAAAGAUCGUGCGCGGUUUCUUGGCCCGGCCAAAACAGAGUACAGUGAAAUUUGAAAUAAAUGUACAGAAACGAAUGAGAAAAAAGGGAAAGAAAACAGAGACACAUUAUUGGCCAAUUGAAAGUGAAACAAUAUAUAUGACAGUAUACUUUUGUAGUGACGAUUGAAUUAAUAGAGCAAAUGAGCCGAAUGAAUUGACAUCGAUUAAGUGAACGACUAUACGCAAAAGUGAGUUUGGAAAUGUUGUAAAUACAUCUCUUAUGUGCACGUACUUGAAGCGUAUAUCGCUGAUUAAUACAAAAAUCUGCAUCCGAUCAAGUUGUAUGAAGCAAAGUCUGAAAAUUGAGUUGCACGAUCGGGCACAAUUCCAUUCAAAAGAAUUAAAUUAUUUUACCUUCGAUUCGUGUGAAGGUUAUAUGUUCCGAAAGAGAGGAAAAAAGUGUAGAGAUUUUUAACAGAAAACAAAUAAAAAUUAUGGAAAAGAAUGGUGAGCUGAGCAUUUGUGAAAAGUUGCCGGAUGUUAAGUUAGCCAACCGAAAGGAUUUGAUAAAACCGAACGCCGACACCGAUAAAGUGAACACAAAAAAAAUGGCCGAAGGUGAUAAAUGCAUAAAUAAUAAUCAAGACAUUUGCAUGAAAAUUGAAAAUAUGAACUCAGUUAAUAAAACUGAUUGCAGCGUAGUUAUCGAUGACGACACACAAUCAAAACAACAAGUAAAUUCGCCGCCAUCUCAACAAACGUAUGGUUGUGUCCACUACAAACGCAAAGCAAAAUUUGUUACGCCGUGCUGUGGAAAUUUUUACAAUUGUCGGUACUGUCAUGAUGAAAACGAGGAUCAUCACUUUGAUAGAAAAACGCUAACUGAAUUAAUUUGCACGAAUUGUGAUACACGACAAAAAGUACAAGCUGAAUGCGCAAAUUGCGGCAUUCGAUUUGGAAAGUACACGUGUUUAAUUUGUAACUUGUUUGACGACGAGGACAAGGAUCAAUAUCAUUGUGAUGGAUGUGGUAUUUGUCGAAUUGGCGGACAGAGCAAUUUUUUCCAUUGUGAAGUAUGUAAUAUGUGUUUGCCGCAGCAGUUAAAAACAAACGGACAUCGAUGUGUGGAGAAUGUAUCACGUUCAAAUUGUCCCGUAUGCUUGGGAGAUAUACACACAUCUCGUUAUCCAUGUCAUAUUCCUGAUUGCGGUCAUUUGCUGCACAAAACAUGCUUCGACCAGUUGCUCGCAUCGGGGCAUUACGUCUGUCCGACUUGUCAAAUGAGCAUGAUCGACAUGACCAAAUUAUGGGAAUACCUCGAUACACAAGCACAGAACUUACCCGUUCCGAAAUCACAUGAGAACAGUAUUGUGGAUAUCUUUUGCAACGAUUGUUUUAAACAAUCGACGGUGAAAUUUCACUUUAUUGGAUUGAAAUGUGCCAACUGUGGUGGAUAUAAUACAACAAAGAACAUCAAAACAGCAAGAACAUUUAGUUUCUCAAGCACAAAAGAUAAUCCAUCAACAUCUGCUUGACAAGGAUUUAUUUCAACUCUACACCUAGAUUAUUUUAUAUAUAGUGCAAAAUUGUGCUGGCCAUCGUGGUCAUUUGACGCAAUUAUGCGGAUGGUGAUGAUGAUGCAAGGCAGAAAAUAUUUGUUGUGAUUUUAUUAAACUGUAUCACAAAUAAUAUAUAUUGUAAUUUAGUGCUUUGGUGUUUUAACACAUGAGCCAUGUUAAGAAAUGACAUUUUCAGACAAUUCUUAUUGUUUGUUAUAUAUCAGCAUUUAUAUCGAUUAAAUGAAAGAGACGGAAAGAGAAAAAUAGUUUGAAAUUAAAUAGCGAAAUGUACGUUGCACCAGCUGAAGAGCUUAAAUUUAUCAAAUAGUAGAAAAUAGCAUUUUUAAUUAUAAAAAUCAGAACAUCAUAGCACAUUAUGUUUGAUUCAAACAUUACGUAUUGUAUACACACAACUGUCAAAGCAAAUGUAUGUGAAUUCAUAUAAAGUAAAAAAGGAAUAAACAUAUUGAAGUGACAG